AUUUUCAUAUCGGUGUUGGUUGCAAACUGUGUCUCUGAAUAUUCUCGUUUUUAUAAUCAGAGUUUCUGUAAGAACCAAAGCAUUUAAAUAUUCAAUAAAGAAAGACUCGAGGGAACAGCUGCGUAAUAUUUUAUCGAAAUUUGAGCGCACGUGUGACCGCACGGGGAAAAAUCAAAAGCUCAAAUCAUGUCUAUGAAAUGCGAGUAUUGCAGCAAGAUGUUUUCAAAGAAAAGAAAUUUAGUGCAACACAAAAGAACACACAUUGGAAACAAACCUUAUGAAUGUGAUGUUUGCAACAAAAGAAUUUCACAUGCUAGUAACUUGGCGGUUCAUAAAAGAACACACACUGGAGACAAACCUUAUGAAUGUGAUGUUUGCAACAAAAGAUUUUCACAGUCGAGCAGCUUAACGGUUCAUAAAAGAACACACACAGGGGACAAACCUUAUGAAUGUGAUGUUUGCAACAAAAGAUUUUCACGGUCUAGCAACUUGGCGGUUCAUAAAAAUACACACACUGGAGACAAACCUUAUGAAUGUGAUGCUUGCAAAAAAAGAUUUUCAGAUCCCAGCAGUUUAGCUGGACAUAAAAGAACACACACUAGAAACAAACCUUAUGAAUGUCAUGUUUGCAACAAAAGAUUUUUAAACUCAAGCAACUUGACGGUUCAUAAGAGAAUACACACUGGAGACAAACCUUAUGAAUGUGAUGUUUGUAACAAAAGAUUUUCACAGUCUAGCAACUUGGUGGUUCAUAAAGGAACACACACUGGAGACAAAUCUUAUGAAUGUGAUGUUUGCAACAAAAGAUUUUCACAGUUGAACCACUUAGUGGUUCAUAAAAGAACACACACUGGAGACAAACCAUAUGAAUGUGAUGUUUGCAAAAAACGAUUUUCAGCUCCCAGCAGUUUAGCUCGACAUAAAAGAACACACACUAGUGACAAACCUUAUGAAUGCGAUGUUUGUAAGAAAGAGUUUUCACAAUUGAGCCACUUAACUACCCACAAAAAAACACACACUGGAGACAAACCUUAUGAAUGUGAUGUUUGUAACAAGAGAUUUCCAGAAUCACGCAAGUUAACACGACAUAAAAUAUCAGUACACAAGAGUGAACAGAGUUUUGAGUGUCGUAUCUGCGCGAAAACAUUCACACAACGAAAAGGUCUCAAACGUCACUGGAGAUUACAUUCAAGAGAUGGAUUUUUGUUGUGCAACACUUGUGGCAGAGAAAUUAGUCGGUCACAAGGAGAAGGACAUGCUAAUGAGAUGCUGAGUGGUGAUCAUGUUGAGUGUGAUAAAUGCAACAGACAGUUCCCUGAUAUUCAAAGUUUAAAUCAGCACAAGGCCAAAGAGCAUGGUACAUUCUACCAAUGUGAUGUCUGUAAGGAAUUGGAAGCAGGAGAAGCAACUGGUAUUGGUUAUAUCUGUUGUGUCUGCGAUGCCGAGUUUGAAAUUGCCACUGAACUUGAAGAUCAUAUGAGUAUACAUGACAAUAUGCUGCCCCAGGCAAGAUAAAUUGAAAAUAUUUUUUGUAAUAUGUUGUUUUUGAAAUUUAGCUUGACAUUGAUUUGGGAUUGUUUGAUAUUGAAAAGGAGAUUGAUAUUUUGGUGAUUGGUUAAAUGCUGAAAAGGAGAAUGAUAUUUUGGUGAUAAUUGAUUUGUUGAUUCAGGGAUGCAUUUAUAAUUCUUGGUUUGCAAUUGAUGUCAUGGCGGCCAUGUUGGAGGAAAACUAACAAAAGAAUCUCAUUAACAGCCGUUGUAUUUGGACUGAAAUGGAGCGUAGUUUCCUCCAAAAUAGCAGCAGCCAUGUUCUUGUCUUGUAAAUCUCAAGGGAUUGAUUGCAAACCAUGAAUGAACUAAGAUCAUUUGUAAUUAUGUGUUGUUUUUGGG